AUGUGGUUUCUCCAAUGUGAUGUUCAGGGCGGUUCUUUGGAAUUAUCGGCUGAGUCGAUUCUCGGGAGAGGUCGAACAAUUCAAGACGACCUCGAAGAAGAAGGAUUCUUGGUCGUCUACCCAUACGAUCGAGUCGUUUUCGUCCAAGGAAUGGGACCAAUGCCAAUCCAAUUCGUACAAAUCAAUAUAUGAAGGGAACCGUUUGCCGUCUACUACAGAAAGACGAGAGGAGAUCUCGAGAAGUUUUUCGACGAUUGCAAAUAA